AUGCUGCCUUACUUUGUGUUACACUCUCCUGAGAAAGUCUUUACACUUCUUUUUACCACACUGACACACCAACACAUUUUAACACACAGCCGGGUUUGGGAGUGGGCCACCCCGCCACCACCAGGACUACCAGAACCUAAAAAAAGCUCAAAAGACAUUCAGGAAAAAAAAAAAAAGGAGACGAAGAAACGAGAGAAUUAUUUUGGCUUGUGGGCCAGAUGCCUCAAGGAUGAGUUUAAAAAGAAAAUAUGCAACAACGACUGCUAUGUCGCUUCCUCUGGACUGGUUGGCGAGGAAAAGUGUCACCUCAGCAGAUCUUCAGAAGCAGAAACCGCGUUGGGACGGCUCAGGAGGCGGGAAAAAACGCAGUGCAGAUCAGACACACACAUACCGGCUGACCUCAGACUCAGAGGAUCGGUGGUGACGGUGAUGGCGGUGCUGCAGCUGAGGGCAAACUCUCACACUCACGAACCGCAGAGCAGACUCCUCCCGACCGCUGGAACGUUCAGAUCAGCCUCGUGUGUGUGCAUUUCAGUAAAGGGCGGUGCGGUUUUGUCACAUGUUACAAUCCAACACACAAGAAUCACAAACCAACAAUAG